AGGGUUCAGCCUUCUAAUGACAUUUGUUGUCCUCUUCUCCCUCUCUGCCUACGGUUUACCAGGCAGCCCUGUUUAACGAUAUAUAUAUAUAUAUCUAUAUAUAUACAGGGGAUAUCGUCCUGCUAGUGUAGUGUGUAGUGGGAUCUGUCCCUUAGUAUUUUCUGUUGACGUCAAUGGCAAUGACAAUGCAAGGGAGGGAGGAUGAAGGCGGGAGGGAGGGAAGAUCGUCGACGAUGGUGGGGGCGAUGAUAAAUGCAGAAGGAAGAGAAGGGGCGAUGGGAUCGAGAGAGAUGGAAUCGAGAGAGAGAGAGCCAGAUGAGAAGGAAGGGGUGUUUAUUACCCAGGACGAGGUCGGCGUGAAAUCCUCCGCCUCCGCCUCCGCCUCCGCCUCCGCCUCCGCCUCCGCCUCCGCCGUUAGAUCGGGCUCUGCGGACGAUAUCGAUGCUGCGAUUGAUGGUAGCAGCAAAAAACUAGGGCUAGGGUCUGUGUGUUGCGAGUUGUGCAAGGUGAAUGCGGCUAAGUACCGGUGUCCGGGCUGUGGGACGAGGACAUGCUGCGUCGCCUGUGUGAAGGAGCACAAGACGAAGAGCGGGUGCAGCGGUCAGCGGUGCAAAACUGCUUACGUUGCGUUAUCUGAUUUCACAGAUACUCAUCUUAUUUCCGAUUACAAUUUUUUGGAAGAGACGUUGAGACAGGCUGACGUGGCCAAGCGAUUGAUAGCCCCGCUAGGAGGAGGGGACAAGUACAAGCUUUCCCGUCGGAUGACACUGCUCCGCAAGCAAGCGAGAAGAAGAUCUGUUGAUUUGUUGUUCGUCGCUCAUGGCAUGAGCAAACGCAAAUCCAACACCAGCUUCUACGAUGAGCCACGCCGAUGCGUGAUGUGGAGGGUGGAGUGGACGUUUGCUGGCGCCGGAGUGACUCUGAUCACGCCGGAGAUGAACGAACACGAUUCGCCGAAGAUGGCCUUGGAAAAACUGCUAGAGAAUCGAACGGAAAACGCCGGGACGAGAUUCAAACUGAGGAAGCAUUGUGCUCUUCCUCUUGCGGAGUUAAGGAUUCUGUUAAGGAAAGAGCCAUGCGCGGCGAACGCUCGCAAGUGUUAUCGACUGAGUAUGGAUGAACCCUUGGUCAAUCAACUGCAGCGCAAAUGCAUCAUCGAGUUCCCACAAAUCACCGUCGCUCUGCCAUCAGAGGAGUGCAAUUUUGUCGUGGUGGAAGACGAUCCUCGCCCUCCAGUGCAGCCAUGGCCGACGUGGCAGCCAUCGCCGCCUGCUUCGUCGUUGUCUCAUGACGAUCCGACGUGGCAGCGAUCGACGUCUGCCGUCGGCAAUCCCGAGGACAAGAGAAGCAUCGGAAGAAGCAAGGCAAUCAACAGAAACAGCGCCCUCCGCCGUCCUCCUCAGUGGGAGAGAAAAGGUGGAGCAGGAGGAGGAGGAGGAAGAGGAGGAGGAGGAGAAAAGGGUGGGGCAGAUAUGGCUAUGGUGAACAAGGAUGCUGUGGAGGAAGGGGCGGUAGUCAACGAGGAACUUGUUCAGGAGGGAAAAUACUUCAGGGAGGAGGAAUGGGAAGACGGCGAUUCUGAGCGCGAGGUCGAGACUGGCAGUGGUUGUACGUUGGCUAUGGAGGUCGUUGGCGGGGGGCCAAAUCGGCAAGAGGGGAAACCGCUCGGAUUGGAACGGCAGUUGAUUGGAGCGGCUAGGGAGCGGCUAGGGGAAGAUGGAGCUGCAGUAGUUAUGAUGAUGGAGGAGAAAGGAGGGCAAGGAUUGGGAGUGAAGGAGAUGGGGAGGAGAGAAGAGAAGGGAAAUGAAGAUCGAGAUGAUGGAAACGAGCUCUGUGCUGUUAACGGAGAGAAGAAGAGAGAAGAGGAGGAUAGAGAGGAGAGGGGAGAAGAGAGGGGUUUGGAGAGGAGACAGGAGAGGGGAGUGGGGAGCAGGGAGGAGAGAGGAGAUGAUAUGAGUGAGGAAAGAGAUUGCAAUGAAGAUGGUGGUAUCGAUGGCAUAGGAGUCGGCGAAGCGGGCAGGAGAGAGGCAGCAGGCGUGGAGGCAAGAAUCGGUCUGGAUCUCGUGGGGACCUGCCUAACGGAUCCGAUAAGGAAAGAUAACGGAAGUGUCGUGGAGAGAGAGGAGGGAGAGAAUAGAAGGAAAGGAGAGAGGGAAAGGAGGGAGGAAAAGGGCAAGGAAAACAUGAGAGAGGAAGAAGAAGGAGAGAGGACGGAGAUGGGAUUGGAUUUAGGACUCUGUCCCAACAGAACUCAGAAUACUAGUGGUUUGAUGGAUGACGUGGCGGCAGGAAGAUUGAUCGGGGACAGUAAUAGGGCGGCGUGUGGACUGAUGACACGUGUCGAUUGUGCAAUCAGCGAAGCUGAUGGCUCGUUGAUGUCAUCUCUUAUGAGACUGGAAGAGAAGAGGGAAGGAGAGAUUGUGCCAGUGGAGAGUAGGGAGAAGGAGGAGGAGAAGGAGGAGGAGAAGGAGGAGGAGGAAGAGCACAAUAGGCAGGAGGAGAGUAGGGAGAGAGAGAAGGAAAGUGAGGACAGGGAAGAGGAGAAAAGCGAGGAGAAAGAGCGGGCCGCUCAACAACCUCAAGGAAACGGUAUUUGUGAAGACACCGUGGAGAAGAAGAGAACACGUCAGCAGUUGGAAGCGUUCGAGUAUCAGAAAGAAGGCCACGUGUCGACCGCUGGCGUUUCUGCAGCUGCAGAGAAUUGUGUCGUUGAUGUCUCACAGAGAACCGUUGGAGGUUGUGCGGAAGGGAUGAUAAAGAAGUCAAGAAGCGACGAAGGAGGAACUGCCGGGGAGCAGAUACAAUAGUCUAAGACCGGUGGGUUAGUGUGGGGGGGAGGGGUUGGGGCUUUGUCUGAGGAGAGAAGGGGGGGGKGKGGGGGGGGGUGAAUGGAGGGAGAAAGUCAUCGGCGAGAAGCGA